AUGCUCUUAAAUAAUACACCACCAUUUAAGAAGUGUUUACAAUGUGUGCACUUUAAUGUUGUCUUUCUUUUUAAACACAAAAAAAAAAACCUCUGCAUAUCCAAAAGAUAUACAUCCUCCAAUGGAAUUUUUGAAAAGGCAACAAAUGAUAAAACUUCAUCAUUUAAGCACGAAAGGGAAAAAUAUAAAAAAAAUGAUGUGCAGAGGGUGAAAAAUUUGCAAUAUUUUAAAAAUGCAGAAGAUAAGAAAAGUGUACAUGAAAUUAUGGAUGAAGAUACAUAUUCUCGCAAAAAAGUGGAGGAAACACAAGGAAUCUCAUUCAGAGAAAUGUUGGUUGAAGACCAAGGUAUGUUUGCGGAAAAAAAUGAGACUACAAACGGGCACAUAACGUACAACUCAAAAGAUCAAGUUAACGAUGACAUAUAUGAGAACUCGAAACAAAUUAACAGCCUAGAUGUCGAAGACGAAUAUCUGGGGGGUGAUGACGAACCCCUGAGGGAAGAGGGAACUGAAGAAUUUGAAGACGAUUUGGAUACAUUGCUGUUUACAAAUAAUCUGAACUCCAGCUUAAUUGGAAACCUUUGGCACGCCUCUGCCAAUAGCGCAUAUAAGGAAUCAUGGAAAAAAAAUUCAAAAAUUACGAACGAAGGAAACAAAAAUAAAGAAGGUGAUUUACAUAUUUACCAUGAUGAGAAGAGAGAGAUGAAGCAUGUUAAUAUAAAUACCACCGAUAUGGAUGAUAAAGGAAAACCAGAAUACAUAGACGAAAAGGACAAAUCAUUAGGAGGUAAAAGAUAUGAACAAUACUAUAGGUGGACAAAUGAUGAUGUGAAGGAAGAUAAAAAGGAAAUUAAUUACUGGAAUCUACACCAACAGAAAGAAAUAGAAAAUGGGUCAAUAAAUAACUUCCAUUUUGAGAAAAAUAUGGUGUUUCAAGGGGAUAAAAUGAAUGAAGAAUGUGAAUAUAAUAAAAAAAAUGACUUGAAUUCAUUUAUCAACGAAAUAUGUAAGGAAGAACAAAAGGAAGUUGAAAAAAUGAAACAGUUUUUUGAAAAAAAUGAGAAACAUUUAAUGAAAUUUAGAAAUUCAACUUUAUGUAAACUAAAAAUAUCAGAAGAAUUACCAAAAAAAUUCAAACACUUGAGCAAAGACACAAAUGUAUUUAAUAAUGAAAAAAGUAAAGAAGAACAUUAUAAGAAAUUAAUUAACGGAUUAAAUUAUGAUAAUAGUCAAGAAGCUUAUUAUCGUAAAAAAAAAAAACAGAAAAAUGUAAAUUAUGAUCACAUCGAAACUUUAAAAAUAUUAGAUAUUGAUAGUGUACCUUGUGAUGUAUUAAAUCAACUAUUUGCUUAUAAAAUUGUGAAAAAUUGUAGUGCUGAAUUAUGUCUAAAAAUUAUAAGUAGAAUAGGAAUGUAUAGGGAUAAAUAUUCUCAAGUUUCAUAUGAAAAUAUGAUUAAUUAUUUAGGUAAAACGAUUAAUAGUAACAGUAAUGCUGAAAUAAUCGCUCUAUUUUCAAGGUGUUAUGAGACAGUGAGUAUCCCAUUUUUAGUUAAUUUUGUAAGAAAAUAUGCUACAUUCUCCAGAUCAUUUAUUGUUAGCAUGUAUGACAAAUAUUUUAAAAAAAGACUAUUUGAUUUUGUGCGAUAUGAAAAUAAUAUGGGUAUCCGAAAAAUACCAAACAUAUUGACACAUCCAUAUCAUUUAUCUUCAUACAUUAAACUGUUGGGAGAAUGUUCUGCUAAAAAGGAUAUGUAUAUACAGUUAAAAAUGAGGGGUCAUAUUCCCCACUCAGGUAAUUAUAAUGACGAAAGAAAAAUAAAUCAAAUUGAUUGCUUAACGGGAGAAGUGAAUUAUCUAUCAGGGGAGAUGAAUUACUUAACGGAUGAAACGAUUAACAACAAGAACAAAAAGAUAACUAUAAUGGAUGAUAAAAAGAAAUCAAAAAAAAAAAAAAAUUAUGUCCAAAGACCCAAAAUGUAUGACGUUAUUUUAUCAGCAGAGUACACAGGUCUCCCCAUUGAGCACUUUAUUGAAAAAGAAAAAUUCAUAAAUGUUAAUCCAGCACUGGAAAAGGAACUGCAACAUAAUAAUCAUAAUUUGUUAAAUAGUCCAGAUAACAUCGUAUCCAAUGGAGAACAAAUAGAAUGCGAGGAAGAAGUAAAAUAUAUAGAGAAUUUACUUAUUCCGAAAAAUGAAGAAAGACAUGAUACCAUAGCAGACGUUAAACCCACAUUUACAAAUAAUCGUGAAUGUGUAGAACAACCCACGUAUCAGAUUAACAACGAAAAUGAAAAAAAUGAGGAAAGAAGUGAAAAUAUAAAUUUUACUUUGGAGGAGGAUUGCGACAUUUACCUGUAUAAAGGAUUCAACAAAUUAAACAAAUCAUCCCUAAAGUUACAAACAACAUUAGUAAAAUCGGAUGAUAAUAACACAGAUGAAUUGGCUCUGUGUUUAAAUCAAGGAGAACACUAUGAAGAAAUAGACAAAGAACAAAGUAAUGAAGCCCUGUGGGAAUUACCAUGGAAAACCAGAAGAAAAAAUUCCUUUUUUUUUAAAGGCCGUUUUUUUAAGAUCCUUCCUGAUAAAGGAUGGUUAGAAAUUAAGGAUAUAUCAAAUCAAUACAUUAGACCAAAAAGAAAAAGAACAAAACAUUUUAUCAGAAGAAAGAGAGUUUUACAAAAAAAAAUUAAAAUUAAUUUACUUAAAAAAUAUAUUUUAGAAAAAUGA